AUGUCGUCCAAGGAAAAAAAUGGCGAGGGUGUACACUCCCACGCCGACACUGUGCUGGGUACUUCAGUCAGCGCGGAGAGCGUAUUUGACUUACUGAAGUUGAACUCUACUUCUAUCUCUACGAGACAGUGGAAGCGGAUUGUCGCCUACUCUUUGGUUCAACUGUAUCCACGGAAUACACCUAUUUUGCCUUUCAUAGCUCAAUUGAAAGCUCAGCUAGGAGCCAUCGAUAUUCUACCGGAUCAACUUUACUCUGUCCGCAGAAUCGGGCAUCGAUGGCAGGCCAUUGUGUCCUGGGCUUCACGUGACUGCGACCAGCCCCUUACAGGGAUCCUUGUUGUUCUAGACGGCUCAUCCCGCUGGGAACGUCCUACCGAUAGUAUAUGGCAAGCUGCCUUUGAUGCACUUCCUAAUAAGUUGGAAAUAGUGCGCAGGGCGCAAAACUUAUUUACUUUCGUCAACCACCCAUCUCAUACUGAAGUAAAUGAGGUAGUUCCAAGUCAAGGUAACACAUCUGGAGCUGUUACCAUUGCAGUGAGCCCAGAUUUGAUGGCCACUGACUCUGUUGAUGCCGAGCCUCUUAUCAUACUUCUAUCUUUUUUUGCCAACCAGGAGGUUUCGGUCGAUCUUCUAUGCCGUGGAACUUCCCCUCGAAAACGAUGGACUGAUGAUGGGGAAAUCAGCUAUGUAGACCCGGCCACUCUAGGCCUUUCGGAUGUUCUGAUUCAGACAUGCUCCGCCGAGAUCUUGACUAAAACUUUAUUCAAAAUCGACUCUGCUAUCACCUGGAAAUCGGCUACCACUUUCAGCCUGACCAAAGAACAAAGAGAUAGGACGCUCAAGCUGGUUCCUUCUAGCCUCUAUCCUUUCUGGAGUCUCCAGGCUCUUAUCCUGGCCUGUCGUUCAGUGCCUUGGAAAUAUCUGGAGUUCUGUGACGCAAGUCUCUUUUUAACGCACAUUCGAUAUACCCUGGAAGAAGCUCGACGUUAUUUUGAAUUUGAGGACAUGGCACCUGUGGUCAGGGUUGAGAUCGCUCUCAAUCUUUUGGAAUCAUCUCGCUUUUCUCUCAUCGAGUGGAAGCAGUUCGCGGUCGACCAGGCAAAACAACUCACGAAUGGUCUCGACAAUAGCUAUACAAGCUCCUACCUUGCGCAGAGGCAAUGUCUUCUCCACCGGCUCUCCGCUUCCCUCAUCAAUCCAACCGAAGGUUACACGCUUCAUAUGGCCACACCAUCAUUCAACGCGCUUUAA